UUAUCCAUACCAAUAUGUAUUAUUGUCUUAUGCAAGCAACUCCAUGAGCCCAUGUACAUUUUCAUUGCUGCUUUACUUUGUAAUGCUCUUUUUGGAUCGUUUGCACUUUAUCCCAAACUUCUCACUGAUUUACUGUCUGAAAAACAAAUCACUUCUUUUGGAGCUUGUUUAUUUCAGGCAUUUUGUAUUUAUACAUAUGGAUCAUCAGAGUUCACACUCCUAUCAGCUAUGGCUUAUGACAGAUAUGUGUCCAUCUGUAAACCUUUAGAAUACGCCUCAAUUGUAAAGAUGCACAUUGUCAGUAAACUCAUAUUUUUAUCAUGGUUUGUGCCAAGUUGUGAAAUUGGUAUAGCCAUUAUGCUGACAUCCCGUCUUCAGUUGUGUAAAUAUAAAUUAAACAGAAUAUACUGUGAUAAUUAUUCUAUUGUAAAACUAAGCUGUAAAGAAACGUCUCUUAAUAACUUAUAUGGACUUUUUAUAUUCAGCAUUGCUGUAUUUCCACCAGUGAUUUUUAUACUUUACACAUACGUCAGGAUUCUUGCUGUGUGUUUGAAGAAUCCUAAAGAUUUCAGAAGAAAAGCUUUACAGACAUGUUUACCACAUCUGCUCAUUUUCAUCAAUUUUUCUGUCAAUACAAGUUUCGAAAUUAUUAAUUCUAGACUCGAAUCAAAUCAAAUUCCCCACAUUAUUACCAUGAUCCUGUCAGUGGAAUUUUUACUCAUUCCCCCUUUAUUCAAUCCCAUUAUUUAUGGAUUAAAACUGCAUGAGAUUUAUACUAAUAUAAAAAAUUUUUAA